GUUUCUCGGAGAACAUCGUGAAUCGUUAUUAACAUUUUAGAAAUUAUCGUAUUUUUAUCGAUAAAUUUUCUUGUACAUCUCAAAUCAAAAGAUUGAAGCCACAUUUUUAAGUUUUGCUAAUGUUGAGGUAAACGACACAGUUUCAUAAAAAUGGGUGAGCCGUCAAAAUCGGACAAAGGCAAGAUCAGCUUCGUGCCAGCUGGAUAUGAUAGCGAAGAUUCAGAAGACGAGUACAAUAUUAUGCCGUCGACUUCACGUACUCCUUCGUACGGAACGAGCACCGGAUCGGGGCCAGGAUCUGCCUUGUUCCCCGAAUGUUUGGAGGAUGAGCGGAUAAAAAUUGUGCCACACAUUGGCUGGCACGCUGGGCUCCAUGAUCGAGACUUUGAUAUCGACCUGGACGAUAGCAUCGCCAACUGGUUCGAGGGCUUCCGAGAGAAUUUCAAAACCUUCAAGCGGGGACCGAUAAUCUCGAAGCAGCUGCAGAUGUUCUACAUGAACACCCAGAAUCCGUUCCAAUGGGCAUUGAAACUGUUUGCCAACUGUCCGGAUCAUAACUCCGCCAAGGGUAACUCGCUAGCAUAUAUAGUUAUCGAAGAAUUGGCCACCUUCAAGCAGCAUAACAAUCCCCCAACAGAUCAGCUUCUCGAUGAUAACCUACGGAUGGUGGCAUUCAACUUCGUGGCUAAGCACGGCCAUAGCGUGCUUUUCAGGCUGGUGGUGGACACGUUUGAGUUGCUCAAGAGAGCUCAGAUGUUUGUUCCCAAAAUUUGGGGCAUGCUUGAAAGAAAGCAGUACAAAGAGGCCGGCCAGGUGGCGACAGAUUUGCAAUUGUUUGACGAAUUCGACGAACACGCCUUCGUCAUUCCACUUUUCCUACAGGACAAAAUCUCCAUUGCCGAGGACUUUUUGAAGAAGGCAACGCGACUGCAGGAACCUGUCAUAAGGCUGUUGGAUUCAUUUUUUGAUAAAAGAGAAUCUGUGGAAGCUCAUUGUUCCAGAUAUAUUACAACGCACAACGUUACUGAUGUUUACUACAGUAAAUUACACCAUAAACCUUUAAGCAAAUUAGUUCAGAGGCUGGCCAAAAACUUCAACGUCCCUAAAGAAAGUACCCCCAACGUUCAUCGGAUGAAAUCUUUCGGCGCACUUCAAUUUUUAGUGUACAAGCGGUAUAACGAAAAAAGUUUAAAUAAAGAUUCGUGGGAUGAAAUGGUACGUGAUACAGUUUCAAAUCGAGACACUGAACUUCAGCACGAGUUGGUGUACAUGUGUUCCAAUUCCAAUGAUCAAGCGGAAGCUGCCAGAUGGGCCAAACACUUUCGCAUAGAAACAAGAAAUCUUCCAUUGCUAGUCCAGGAUUACCUUGCGCAACAGAAGACUAGAGCGACCCAUCCUUGUCAGACCUUGCCGGACGAGGUUUGGGAUGCAGAUGAAUUGACUAUCAGCAAACAUAUUCUUUCUGUGGAUGAAUCACACAUUCAUUUGGUCGAUUCGCGGGACAAGUUCUACGCCAUGAUAACAGAUCUUGCUCAUCAGUCCAUCAUUGCAUUUGAUUCCGAAUGGAAACCAACCUUCGGAGGGUCCAACGAAUUUGCGCUCAUCCAGCUGGCCACCCGAAAGGAUAUCUACCUGAUAGAUGUGCAGGCCGCCUGGUUGGAGUCAUCUGAUUGGGCUUCGCUUGCCAAAUCGGUGUUCAAUAAAGAGGAUGUGCUGAAGUUAGCUUUUGCUCCCUCCACAGAUAUUGCUAUGUUCCAGAAAGCCCUACCAGCAUUCUAUGGAGCGUACAGCUCCCAGACGCGUUCCACCAUUCUGGAUUUGCAGGACCUGUGGCGAUAUGUAGAAACAGUCCGAAACUUUCGCUUUCCAUAUCAUGAGGAAACCACCAAUCGGAAUCUGUCGAACUUGGUUAAGCUCUGUUUCGGCAAGCAGUUGGACAAAUCGAACCAGUUUUCCAAUUGGGCUCAACGGCCACUCCGUAAGGAACAACUCCUCUACGCUGCCCUCGACGCGUACUGCCUCUUGGAGAUCUACGACUUGAUAGAUUCCCGUCUACAAACAUUGUUGGUUGAUUUGGGUGAGGUUGUGGAUGCGCUUUUGAAUUUGGAAAAUCGGGGUGGCAAUAGGGCGGCACGAUUUGUUGAAAAAUCUGGUCGAACAAACGAUUCACCCUCCGCUGAUGGUGGAGGAAGGUCGCGGAAUCGACGGCAUCGGAGCAAACGUGAACGCGACAUGAACAACGACCCGGGAAAUUCAGGUGGUGGUGAACAGAAACCAAACCAACAGGGAAAAAACAAAUCUAGUGGAUCGUUUGAGUAUCGUCCUGGUCCAAAUUUGAAGUCAGUCUACGUCCAGGAUGUGCGAUUCGUGUGUGACAAAAUGCUAGAAGGAUUGGCCAGGAUAUUGCGCCGCUUCGGAAUGGACACUUUGGCCAUUCAGUUGGGUGAGAAUGCUAACCGCGGCGUUUUUGUGGCAUUGGAGGAAAAAAGGUUUCUUCUGACCAGGGGUAACAAUUUUUAUAAGUUCUCCGAGUACCUACCCCCGGGCCACUGCUACAAGGUUUCAAACGAUCGCGUUGAGGAACAGCUGUUAGAAGUGCUACGCUACUACAAAGUUAUCGUUCGGCAGGAAAACAUUUUCAGCCGAUGUCAACUGUGUAAUUGUGGGCGCUUUUUGACCGCCCGGCCGGAGGAUAUCUACUGUCUAAAGUACGGUACGUUGGAAAUACCCGAUUCAUUCCGGCAAACAUAUAGGAAGGAACAAGUUGUAGAGCCGGAGCGGAUCAAAUUGGACCGUAGUUGGGUAGUGGAUCAGCUAGAGGAACGACACCGUCUGUCUGGGCUAACGGAUGCCGGGGCUCGGAUCGAACAUUCAUACGUGAGCGAUUCGGUGCUGCUACAAGUAGAUGUGUUCUAUAUAUGUGAUGGGUGUGGCCGCUGUUACUGGGAUGGGUCACAUUUGGACAAUAUGCUUGCUGGGAGACUGGCCGAGCUGCUAACACUUGAGUACGAUGACUAAUUACGAACGGUUACCUGAACGUUACAAGUUUGUGGAUGAUAAACAUAUAUUAUAUAUACACUCACAAUAUGGCAAAGCUGUUUUUUUUUCAUUAUAUCAAAUCAUUAGGG